AUGGAGGAAUAUUCCAGAGGAAAAGUGUUAAAGUCUGUCGAAGGAAGUAUCCUGGUUUUAAUGAACGCUAUAGCAAUUUGCGGCAACAUUUUCGUUUGCUGGGCAAUUUACAGAAAGCGAAAAACCUUCAGUGUGCUUUAUUUAUACAUCUUAGCGUUGGCAAUAUCAGACUUAACAGUCGCCAUUACUUGUUUUCCUUUCUGCAUUGAAGCCUUUCUAGCAGAUAGAUGGCUACAUGGCCACGCAAUGUGCCAAUUUAUCGGAUUUACAAUCUACUAUUGGGCGGGAGUCUCUGUUCCUAUACUCGCUCUGACAGCGGUUAAUCGCUAUUUUCGGGUUGUAAAAACACACAUUUACCAAAAUUUUUUUACGAUAAAGUCCAGCGUGAAAAUGAUAUUAACUGUAUGGGCGCUAACCCUGUUUGAUGGACUGAUAUCAACUUUUGUUGGCCCAGUUAUAUACAAGUACAACCCAAGAUAUUUUUUCUGUAUUGGAACAUUUGUAAGCAAAGCGCAUGAAAGAGCCAUCGGUUUAUCUCUGCACCUAAUUCACGUUUUCAUUCCGCUUCUCACAAUCCUUUUUUGCUACUCCAAUGUAUUCUUUGCGAUACGUCGACAUAAAACGAACGUGACGCCCUCGCUCCACGCGGGUAAUGGUCAGCAGCUUGCAGUUAACGCGUGGGAAAUGCGUGUAACGCGAUUGCUGUUUCUUGUGGUCGUUGGGUUUCUUCUUUGCUGGAUUCCCGUCAUUAUUAUUGGGUUACUAGCGCAUUCGUCUUCCCUCAAACUACCUGACUCUGCUUACGAAUUGUACACUUUCUUUGCCUUUGCUUCGGCGGUCAUCAAUCCCAUCAUAUAUGGAGUGGCUAACCGUGGAUUUCGGAGGGAAUUUAUUGGUAUUUUUCGAUGCUGUUAA